AUGGAUAGCGCUGAAAUGCUUAAUAUAUCCGAUGGUGUUCACUUUGAUGAAAGUAUUACAAAAAUUGAGUACCAUAGCUAUUCACCAUUUUUAUCGUCGUUUGACAACAGUGAUGAAAUACGAAUUUGUAAUCAAAAUCAAAAUUUUAAUAUUUUAAUUUGCGAAAGUUUCCUCUAUAUUGAGGGGACCGUGAAAAAAGCUAGCGAUAAUACACUAUCAGCUACUGCCAAAUUGGUAAACAAUUAUCCGGCUUAUUUAUUUGAGGAAAUACGCUAUGAAAUAAAUGGUAUUGAAAUUGAUCGUGUUCGCAACGUUGGACACACUUUAACAUUAAAACAUUAUAUCUCACUUAAUGCUAAUGAAAGUAAAAUGGUAUUAAAUGCCGGUUGGUGUCCUGAAAAUAACAUUGAUGUCUCCGAUGGUAAUAUUAAUAUUUGCUUGCCAUUAAAGAGAAUUCUUGGCUUCGCAGAAGAUUAUAUGAAAAUUAUUCCAAAUGUUAAGCAUGAAUUAAUUUUGAAUCGAGCACGAAAUGAUUUAAAUGCAAUUAUAUCGCCAACUGAUGAUAUGAAAUUUGAAAUUACAAAACUACAAUGGCACGUUCCACAUGUUCAACUUCAUGAUGAGCAGAAACUUUUAUUAUAUAAAUUUAUCAAUAGCAAUCAAUCAAUUAAGAUGAGCUUUCGUAGUUGGGAUAUGUAUGAAUAUCCAGUUCUCCCAACUACAACACACCAAGUCUGGGCUGUAAAAUCAUCAACACGUUUGGAAAAGGGGAGAUUUGUUAUCUUUGCUCUACAAACUAAUCGACGAAACCUGAAGGAGAAGGAUGCGAGUCGUUUUGAUCAUGCCAAUUUGACUGAUAUAAAAGUGUUUUUAAACUCGGAUGUGUAUCCAUAUAGUGAUCUCAAUAUAGAUUUUCAAAAUAAUCGAUAUGCUUUACUAUACGAUAUGUAUUCAAAAUUUCAAGAAUCAUAUUAUAAAACUAACAGUCAACCACUCUUAUCACCACUACAAUUCAAAGAAAUAGCUCCCAUUGCCCUCAUAAAUUGUUCACACCAAAUGUGUGAAAUAAAGACGGGACCGGUGGAUCUUAAAAUUGAAUUCAAAUGUAAAUCUAAUAUUAAGCCUAAUACUAGUGCAUAUUGUCUAAUUUUACAUGAUCGUAUUGUUGAAUAUAAUCCACUUACAAAUAAUGUAAAAAGAUUAGAAAAUAAAUAA